GAUUGUGAAAUGUUGUGCGGUGCGGCUAUGGGAAUACAUCGAGUCCCCUUAUCUAAACUGAAGCGAUAAUGACACAGACGGAAGCAUGCAUCGCUUAUUACUUGCUCUGAUGCGAUUUCCAACCCGGAGUUGUGUGUUGGAUUUUCGUUAUUAUGUACUGUAUAGUCAGUGCUAGUUUCGUGUAAGAAAACAAGCAGAGGAUUGCAACGCAACAUCAUUAAUUCUUCUGGAUUGUGGAUUGCAUCAGUUAGCUGUUGUGAGAAUGUCACGGACUAAGUGUUGCAAUAUUAUAAUUCCUUGUAGCUUUCUUCGUUUUGAUGCCUGGGGCUCAGGUUUGUUAAGUGACCCAGCAUAAACCCUACACCAAGGCCAAGGACAACAGGAGAUACAACUAACAAAUAAAUAAAUGACGUAUUUUUACCCACCAUCAAAUAGCGAUCACAUGACCUUAACACUGCCCUAUUGUCAGAGCUCUCGCUCUACAUCCCGACUACAGGAUUACAGGACACUUUACUUCCAAGAGUACCCAAAUAUUAAAAGUGCGGACCCAGGCGUAUGCGACAACUUCAUGGGCUUGAAAGAUCACCUGGACGAUGGAAUAGAUGCCAUCCUGGACCUGGAUUACCUACAUGUGGAGAGCACAGACCAACAGCUCGGCGCAACCUCACUGUGGUCUAGGACAGAGAAGCCCACAAUGGACAAAGUAAACUCCAGGAAGGAGGAUGGCUCAGCAAGCUUCGCGGAGGACACCACCUGCAACAGUUCCAUCGGGGAUUCAGAGGAGAGUUCUGACAGUGAGUCCCAACACCUCAGCAGCAGCACAGCAACGGACUCUAGCCCCUUUACAAAAACCCACCGGCAGCUGUGCCGGUCACCAUGCAUGGAGACGCCUGUGGUUAUGAGGACUGAGAUCUCACAGGAUCUAAAGCCAGAGGAAAACCACGGGACACCCAAAGAGGACAAGAAACCACCGGAUGUAGUCAGGGAGUACCAGACCAAAAUGGAAUUUGCCCUCAAGCUAGGGUAUUGUGAGGAGCAGGUCCAGCUCGUUCUGAGCAAGCUGGGCCCAGAGGCGCUAAUCAAUGACAUCCUGGGGGAGCUGGUGAAGCUGGGGAGCAUGUCUGAGGCUGACCAGGCCUUGUCAGGUGGUAGCAGUGGGGGCUGUGGCUCCUCAUCCUCCUCUACUUCGUCUUGUAUCUCAUCCUCUUCCUCCACAGAGUCGCACCGUCCUGACUCACCUUCUGAAGAAGAGCUGUCUGAUGACACAGACAACCUGAGGCCCAUAGUCCUCGAUGGCAGUAAUGUGGCCAUGAGCCAUGGCAACAAGGAAGUGUUUUCCUGUCACGGAAUUAAACUGGCAGUGGACUGGUUUUUGGACCGUGGCCAUAAAGACAUCACAGUGUUUGUGCCCGCUUGGAGAAAAGAACAGUCGAGACCAGAUGCCCUUAUAACAGACCAAGAAAUCUUGCGGAAACUGGAAAGGGAGAAGAUCCUGGUGUUCACCCCCUCCAGACGUGUGCAGGGGCGGAGGGUGGUCUGUUAUGAUGACAGGUUCAUAGUCAAGCUCGCCUAUGAGUCAGACGGCAUCAUUGUAUCCAAUGACAACUACAGGGAUCUGGCCAACGAGAAGCCUGAAUGGAAGAAGUUUAUUGAUGAACGAUUGCUGAUGUAUUCCUUUGUCAAUGACAAGUUCAUGCCACCUGAUGAUCCACUGGGUCGCCACGGCCCAAGCUUGGAUAACUUCCUGAGAAAAAGAGCCAUCGUACCAGAACACAAAAAACAACCUUGCCCAUAUGGUAAAAAGUGCACUUACGGGCAUAAGUGUAAAUUUUAUCACCCAGAGAGAGGUACUCAGCCCCAGCGCUCUGUAGCGGAUGAGCUUCGUGCCAUAGCUAAAAACACAGCGGUCAAAGGAAUGAACGAAGGUGGGCUGGUCAAGAGUCACAGCAUGCCGGCAAGCUCCAAAUCCGACAGCUGCUCUGACAUCAAGCGCACGGCUCCAAAAAGACAGUCAGACCCCAGUAUCAGGACUCCAGCUUACCACGAGCUAGAAGAGAAGCUGAGCACCAAAAUCAAAGCUGAGAAACGCUCUGUUGCCUCGCCAGUUAUCAAAAGCAGUUCCCCUCAUCCUCAUUCUCAUUCUCAGAAACCUCACCCCUGUGCCCCAACAAGCAACGCCCUUCAUCCCUCUCAAAGAGCACCUAUGAUUGUGACCAAAAACCACGGGACGCCCAUGGCAUACAACGAGCAGUACCCCAAAUGUGACUCUCCAGUUGACAUGAACUAUUACUCCAUGAUCAGUGCAUACUCCAACCUGAGCAUCGUGGGGCCCAGGAGCCCAGACAAGCGUUUUUCUGUGGACACAGAUCACAGGAUCAGCUCUGUCGCCUCGGACUGCAGCAGCGAAGGCAGCAUGAGCUGUAGCAGCAGUGACUCUUACAUUGGAUACAACGAACGCUCUUACAUGAGCUCACCAGACCCGCUGCUAGAGGAGAACCUCAAGUGUCACCACCACCACCACCACCCCCCUCCUCCUCCUCCUCCUCCUCACCACAAUCGCCUUCAUUCACAGCCUUUUGGCCACAACUAUCAUGAUGCCUUAGCCCGGGUUCAAAGUUCUGGGCACGAGGAGCCCAAAUCUCAUCUAAAGCCAUCCAUUCCCUACCUCCACCCUCACCUGCAGCACCCGGUGGUGGGGGCCCGCUCUAGUUGCCCAACCGACUACCCUGGACCGCAGAAUCACCAGCACUCCCAGACCAGGGCCUUGGUUUCGACUCGGAUUGACAGCCAUUCUGACUCGCGACUUUACCACAACUCCCUGCUGCGGCAAAGGAAGCCCCAUCCUGGCCAGGAGCACUUUGGGAGUUGGGACAGCCUGAGUUAUGGGAUGGAUGCUUAUGGCUACCACCAAGGCUACUCUUUACCCAGUAAAUCCACGCAGCCUUGUUACGAGCAGUUCACAUUCCAAAGCUUGCCCGAGAACCGGGAUCAGUCCUGGAGGAUGCCCUGGGGACGCAGCAUGCCCCAGCAAGAGCCCCCAAAGCCUUCAAGGUAUCAGGAUCUCCGGGAGAAGGUCUUUCUAAACCUUUGCAAUAUCUUCCCACCCGACGUGGUGCAGAUGGUAAUGAAUAGGAGUCCUCACAUGACGAAUGCUCAGCAGCUGGCUGCUGCCAUUCUGGCGGAACAGUCCCAACAAGGUUACUGAACGGGGACGCGUCCGGCACAACGUGUUCCUCGUUUUAUUUCUUCAGCACAAAAGCUGAGGGAGGUUUGCUACAAUAGCAUUUUGUAUUAUUAUUUUUAACUUUGCAAUGUGGUUGUUACAAACAGCAAAAUACUUUGAAACCUGCAUAAAUAGUUAUUUUGGGAUGGACCCCCUUCUAUCAGAAAUACCACACAUUUCUGUUGAAUGUAAAAUGCAGCCGUUUGGAUUUUUAAAAUCCAAAUUUAAAUCAUACAGCUCUCAAUACAUUGCUUACUACCUACGCCAUCAUGGCCAUUCAGUAUUUGAAGCACAAUUGUCUUCUGAAAUGUACAGAAAAAAAAUAAUUUCACCCAGCAAUAGACUCCUUCCUAAAUUAGCCAUAUUAUACAGGCUUCACUUUAUAAAAACUUAGAGGGUUUUCAUUGUACUUUUCUGGUGUCUGUAAAACAAAGCAAAUGAAAUGAAUUUAUUUUACCUUUACCAUUUUAUUUAACACAAAAAAAAAUUAGCAACAAUGUAACUUGGUUUGUUGAGGAGGUUUUCUUUUUAUGGCACUUUUCACUCUUGUUUGUUCUAUUAUAUAAGAAGUGUUCUGAUAACUGUUGGCAAUCAAGUCUAAGGAACCUCAAAAUAAGAGAUUGGUAUUAUUCAUUGUGUUUUAGACUGGGUGUUGCAGGGCUACUUUGACACACUUCUUUAUUCCAUCAAUCCUAAAGCCAUCCCAGUGACUACAAUAAUGUACUGCACUACUUAUUUAUUUGGAAGGUUUUAAUAAGACCUGUUUCUGCUUGUGCAGUCCUCAUCAUAUGCUCAGUAUCCCAGCUAAAGUGAGAACACAUUCCUCUGUUUUCCUAAAGGGUAGAGUUUCCUUUACGUUAUUGUGUGCUUUAUUCUCUAUUCACUUUUUGUGGUAUAACAGUGUUGUGCAUGUUAUGAGAUUUUUUAACUUGAGCAGACACUAUUACAAUCACAAAAGGAUUUUUCACGAGGAUAUGCAAAGUAGCUCUUGAUAAUGCACUGUAGUGUACAAUUUAAUGCUAUUUUAUUUACUGAAAUGAAUAAGUUAUUUUUUAUUUAAUAUGUUUCCUGUAAGUUAAUUCAUGUUUGUUAUAAAGUUAGUUACAGAGCUGUUGUGUUAGUAGGAGGUCUGAAUCUUUCCACAAAUUUAGUAGCAGGAACAGCCGAAAUGUCUGUGUACCUCAGUUUUAGUAAGGGGUGUUUCUGGCAUGUUAUUAAUGGGUUUUUGCUAGCUGCUAUUGCAGCCGAUUCUUUUCUGUAGCAAGCCUGAUUUGCACAUGAUUUCACUUCCUGUUUUUGCUAGAUCAGUGAUAACCAAAACAAUUGUCUGCAGGUCAGUGUCUACAAAGGACUGUACAGGAUUUUAAUCACUCUAGCCUUCUAAACCUUUUAUCGUUUGGGAUAUUAUCCAUCUUUUAAAGGGACAUUCCCACUUUAAGGUGGGUUAGGAGCUAAACUACCAAUAGCUUGACUACUACAUUUAGCUUCUUUCCAAUCCUUGUUCAUGUUUAAUUAAUUCUUCGAUUUAAAAUGCAUUUUAUAAAAACAGCUAAUCUCUUGGCAUGCUGGUUUGGUUUGUUGACCCUCCAUCUGAUGUGGGUCUUUGCCAGCUCCAUUUAUGGAGAUGACAAGAUGCAUGCAGGAUAUCCAGCACCAGGUAUGUCUGGUUUACACUGUGGCAGACACACAGACAGACAUUAGUAGCAUAUUCUUUUCUACAGUGGUGUUUGAAGCACUUUUGUGACUAAUAUAAAUCUACUACAAGUUUUAUUUUUUAAUUUGGAAAUGACCCACACACCAAAACAUACCUGAAAAUGUCCCUUGUGAAAGUAAUAUUAUUCACUAAGCUCACUGUACAGUUUUCCUUAGCAGCUAUCAGCACAACCCUUGAUAGCCACAAAACACCUUUCCUUGUUGAUACAAAUUGUAUCUUUUAAAUUAAUGAUUAAUGACAGAUUUUUUUUAUAUAUAUAAAUAUAUAUGUACAGUAGUUAUAGACACACAUGUAACUGUUAUUAAAGAUAUUUUGGGCAACAUUUUAUCGUUUAUUUUCAGUUAAAUGGUCAGAGGUUUCAGUUAUACAACAAGAAAGG